UUGUCUAAGGGGCUCGUGCACGGGAGAACUUCCUUUCGCUCCGACAUCUUGACGAGGAAACAUGCCGCCCAAGCAAGACAAGAAGAAGGAUUCUGGGAAGUCCAAGAAGGACAAGGACCCAGUCAACAAGUCUGGAGGCAAGGCCAAGAAGAAGAAGUGGUCCAAGGGAAAAGUGAGGGAUAAGCUCAACAAUCUUGUCCUCUUCGACAAGGCCACCUAUGACAAGCUGUACAAGGAAGUCCCAAACUACAAACUCAUCACACCUGCUGUUGUCUCUGAGAGACUGAAGAUCCGCGGCUCCCUGGCCAGGAAUGCCCUUCAGGAACUGCUUGCCAAAGGCAUGAUCAAACUUGUGUCCAAACACAGAGCACAGCUGAUCUACACACGCAACACCAAGGGUGGAGAUGAGGAGGCUGCAGCAGAGAAAGCAUAAACCGGUUUGGCUGUUUUUGCUUCCUAUGAUGUGUUUAUAAUGAAAGGUGAAUAAAAAUUGUAAAGACA